AUGAAUACCUGCCCUUCCUCCCCCUCCCUGCCGCCGCCGGUGCCUGCCCGCAGCAAUCCCGCGUGGCCCACCUUCCCCUUCCAGCGCGAGGGCAGCCGCGUCUGGGAGCGGGGCAACCUCCUGCUGCGGGACCUGCCCAGCCCCCUCCCCACCAAGAGGACCAGGACCUACUCGGCCACGGCACGUGCCUCCGCCGGCCCCAUCUUCAAGGGCGUCUGCAAGCAGUUCUCUCGCUCCCAGGGCCACGGGUUCAUCACACCCGAGAAUGGCACAGAGGACAUUUUCGUCCACGUGUCUGACAGGGAGGGGGAGUAUGUCCCGGUGGAGGGAGACGAGGUGACAUACAAGGUCUGCCCCAUCCCUCCCAAGAACCAGAAGUUCCAGGCAGUGGAGGUGGUCCUCACCAACCUGGCUCCCCACACGAAGCACGAGACGUGGUCCGGCCAGAUCAUCGGCUCCUAG